UGUUAGAUGAGAUAAAGCUUACAGAGUUUAGAUUUUGGGCUGCCGGGUGCGAUAAGUAAUAAUGAGUUACAGGCUACAUUAAGAUAUAUCAAGGUUGGAGACCAAAGUUGAGAGGCUAAAGUCGGUAGUACAAGUUAAAGAUAGGGAGAUUGCAACAGUUACACGAAUAGAAGCCAAAGGUAAGGCUGCUUUUAAAGCUCAAAUUGACAAGCUACAGUAGGAAAAUGUUGAACUCCAGAGAAGGGUUAUUGGCAAUCAGCAAGUAAGAACUCAACAAAUACAUGAGAUGAAGAAGAAAGAAAAGGAGUACAUCAAAUUGCAGGUGAGAACCUACAGGGUAUAGGAAUACCUACAGGAAAGCUGGAUAUGUAUGUUGCUGCUGCUGGCAUAAACCCUCAAAGAUGAAAGAGGCACUAUCAGCAUUGACAUGUACAUGUGAUUUUAGGCAUGAACCAGGAGAGUGAGAGUUUUAGUGUGCCGUGUUUAGAAUUUGCCGAUAUCUUUUUCCCGUUCCAGCAAGUAUUCCUGAUUGUGGGGAUUCUUCCAGUAAUGCUAGAUAUUGGUACUAACAACGAGAAGUUACUUAAUGAUUCUCUUUGAUUUAUUGGAGUUGAGGAGUCCCACAAUCUUUAUGUUCUGUUUGUUUUUCCAUCACUUUUUCAAGGCUGUUCAAUUGGAGUUCCAUCUUCAGGUUGACGUGAUUGUCUUGACAGAUGGAAGUCGUAUUCUUGGCCUCGGUGACCUUGGAGUUCAGGGAAUAGGAAUACCUAGAUUGGAGGGAGAAGAGUAUCUAUCUAUUGUUGAUGAAUUUAUGGAAGUCGUGGAUACAUGUUGGCCUAAAGCUAUUGUUCAGUUUGAGGACUUUCAAAUGAAAUGGGCUUUUGAAACAUUACAACGUUAUCGUAAGAGGUUCUGCAUGUUCAACGAUGACAUACAAGGAACUGCUGGUGUUGCUCUCGCUGGACUAUUGGGAAAUGUGAGAGCUCAAGGGCAGCCAUUGAGUGAUUUUGUUAACCAAAAGAUAGUAGUGGUAGGGGCUGGAAGUGUUGGGCUCGGUGUUCUUAACAUGGCUAUUCAGGCUGUUUUGAGAAUGGUAGGGAACAACGAUUCUACUGCAAGAAAUCGAUUUUUUUUCUAAUAGACAAAGAUGAACAAGGAUGAAUAAUCAAUGAAAAAGGAAUGAAGAGGUUUAUCCAUGCAAGCUUCAAACCAAAGCCAAGGAUGUCGAUCCUUCCAGGGGAGUCCAAAGUUCUCCCUUAUUUUUCUCCCUUUAUUUUGAUUUUCAAAAGUUUGCAAUUUUUUAAGUGGGGGUGGGCAAUUGCUUGCAUGUUUAGUCUAAACUUGGAGGUUCAAAUUUUGCCCAAAUUUCAAAAUUUCUAAAAAAAAUUUCCUUACAA